GGCUGUGGAAGCCCUCGGACGCGGCCAAGCCCAGGGAAGGGGCCCGGGCUGGCAUUACCAUCUCCAUUACACCUGCGCCGCCCGAAGAAUACUCUGCCGAGGGGACAGCAGAGCGAGCUGACAUCUAGCCAUGGCCAAAGAAAUUAACAGCCUCGUGGGCGGGGGAAACGCCCGGGAAAUGCAGGACUAUGAGGGGAAUUCUGCUGAGGAAAAUCUGAGCCGAUGCUGUGAAGUGUUAGAACUGAACAAGGCAAUUCAAAAGCAGCUCUUCUCAAUUCUCAAUGAAACAUCCCAAGGAGCAUUUCUUAAUGUUUGUAUUUUUAGAGGAUUGUGCAGCAAAAUUAAAAGGCUGUCUCCUGCCAAGUAUAUAUGUACUGCUUCAGGAAGUGACAACCUCAAUCAGGAGUCAGCUGAAGGAGAGCUACAGCUGAGAGAUUUGUCCUGCAAACCAAGGUGUGAGCUGCAAGAGCUGGAGGACAAACUAAGUGAAACUCGUGUGCAGAUCAACCAGAUGGAACGAGAUCUGAAGGCUUCCCGGUGCCACUUAAAGAGGCUAGAGGAACUAGAUGAGUACGAGCAGAAGAUUGAGAACUUGCGGGAUGAGAUUGCUAUGCUGGAUUGCAAAAAGUCUGUUAUCCAGAGCAGACCCUGCGUGAGGCCCUGUCCUCCCAAGUGCCGUGCCCUUUGCCCAAGGCCCUGUACACCUCCCCGGAUCAGGCGGGGCAGCGCUUCACACCGUGCCUGCCUCAUAGCUCGCUAUAACUUCAUUUACGCUAAAGAACGCUUGGAGGCAGAGUGCAUUUUGAGGCGAUACGUCUGUAACUUGGAGACGGUGCAGAGGAUAGUAUACAUUGCAUGUGUGGAAUCUUUCCGUGCGGCAAAGAUGGCCUUCUGGAGGGUGAAAAUAAACGUAAAAGACACUUUAGGUAUAUGUUUCAGAGGGGGACCUACGUCACUUGAAGUUGCUGUCCUGGACUAUAUAGCUUGCCACAAGGAUCUGUAUGACGUUUGUUGCAGUGUCCAUGAAGUAGUUUGCUGCAUGAACAGGAACCCAAAGCUUCCAUGUCCAGGAGAACUGGAUUUCGUUGUGAUCAGCAAUUUGAUUCGAGAGGUGUGCUGUUUGGCUUAUUCAAUGCAGACACUCAUUCCUCCUCUUGAUAUUGCCUAUGGUGUUGAUGGAGAAUGCUUCAAUAGGAACAUGUACUAUCGUAGCUUUGACUCCGAUUUCGCAGCUCCCUUUGUGGCCUAUCACGUCUGGCCUCCUCUGGUAGAAGACGGCACUGUUAUUGUGAAAGGAGAAGUAGUCACUAAAAAAAUGGUUAUGUGUCCUCGCAGAUGCAGGAUUAGAAGCAGAAGCUGCAGCUGUGGCCGUCCUCUGCUGUGUGGUGUGCCUCGAAGCCGCAGUCUUUCAACAGUGAGGGUCAGAAGGCGCUGCUAACUGGACAUCUUCCUGCAGUGCAACACAACUGGAUUCAACAACUUUGCUGGUGUCGUUUCUCUUCGGAA